CAAAACGUAAAUUACUUGCUAUAGAUUUUAUAAUAAUAAUUUUUGCCUUUGUUCAAAAGUUCAUUCUAUUGAUUUAAUUUUUUAUCACGUAAACAAUUUGAAAAAAUUGCAUGAUAUAAAUAAACAAACAAUUGUGCAGGCCAUCAAAGUUUAUGUUUGUAUUUCCUCGUUUAAAUACACCUAUUGUUCUGUGUCAUUAAAAUAAAUCAAGCAGUUUUGUACUUACUACUUAAUGCAUAUUUUAUAUACUUCUAUAAAACAUAUGCUGUGCCAUUUAUCAAGUGGCAAUUUUAGUAUUUAACAAUGGAUGGUAACCAAGUAAUGGGGAGGAAAACGAUAAAACUUAUUAUAGAUACAUUCUUAUAGUUAAUAUCAAAUUGAAAGAUUAUUGUGUAAACCUUUUCACAUGAAAUUCAAGAACUCUGUUUUUGAAUUUUUAUAUAAACAAAUGUAUUUAUUUGUCAAGGGUUAUAUUCAGCCCUCAUAUCUACAUUUCUUGUACAGAAAUGUACAACAUUUCUUUAACAUCAUAUAACAUACAAAUAUUUUUCCCUUUAAUUCAAUUUCCAGGUACUUAACUUUAAUCUUUUUCAAAAAAUAUAACAAAAAGGAAUAUUAUGAAGAAUCUAACAACAAAACAAUUACAAAGAAUAGAAAAAAAGAAAAAGAAGAUGGCUGCACUUCUGGAAAUAACUAAAUUAAAUGAUAAAGAUAGAGAAGCUAAAAUGCUUGCUCUUAAGAAAGCUUCUAUAGAAGCAGAUCAAUCAAAUGCAAAUGAUACAGACAGCAGUGAAGUCUCCGUGGAAGAUAAUGUCAAACGUAAACGUCCAUGUAAUGAAGAUUUGAAAGAAACACUUUUGGAAAAUUCUACUAAAAAAGAAAAUGUAGGAGGUAUAGAAGAAUCAGAUACGCUUGCUAACAAAAAGCCUAGAUUAAGUGGAAACGAGUAUCUAAAAUUGAAACAGGAAUUAAGAGAACGUAAAAAGAAACUUAAAAUAAUACCUCGAUUUCGUUUAAAAGUAGCUGGUGAAAGUGCUAGCUUAGCUGUUAAUGUUAAAAGUGAAAACAGGAUUCCUAUUUUUCUUAGUGAUAUACAACAUUUAUUAUUGUAUUCAUUACAUGGUCAUCACUCACCCUAUGUGCCAGCAAGAUGGUGUCACCUUGAAAAAUAUAAUAGGGUCACACACACUGUGGUUCUUGUUGUUGAAGGCCUUUCUGUGUAUCAUUUUAUGGCUUAUGAAAGUAUGUUUCCACAUAUAACAUCAAAGUUGGAACAUAGGGUAGAAGUUGUAACACCUACAGCAUAUGGAGGGUCCGUAAUAGAGGAUCUUGCAGCUGUUCCCAUAACCGGAAUACAAAGCGAUAAAUUACUUAAACAAUAUGGAUCAUUAGAGACUGCAUUACAAAAUAACAGCGAUGUAAUAAAAUUAUUACGAACUGUUUUCCCAAUGCAUGGAGAUCCAUCAACAAAUGCGGAAAAGAUUAAAACAGAAAGGCCUGAAAUAGAUCUUCCAAAGACUGAUAAAUUCCCCCGUACACUAUUACUUCUAUCUUUAUGUCAAAUGAUAGAAGAAAAUUAUCCUGUCCCAUUAAAGGGUGAACUAGCAAAAAGAUACGGACAUUACAUAAUGACAAAGGAUGUUUAUGUAGAAGCUAAUGAAAGAUCUCCAAUGAUUGGUCUAGACUGUGAAAUGUGUAAAACAACUAUUGGAGAAUUGGAAUUAACAAGAGUAUCUCUUGUGGAUGAAAGUAUGAAUGUUAUUUAUGAUAGUCUGGUAAAACCAGAUAAUCGUAUUACUGAUUAUCUUACUCAAUUCAGUGGUAUAACAGAAGAAUUGUUGGAAGGUGUCACAACUACGUUGUCUGAUGUUCAGCAAACGUUACGAAAGUUACUUCCCGCAGAUGCAAUUCUAGUAGGACAAAGUUUAAAUUCUGAUCUUCAUACAUUAAAAAUGAUGCAUCCAUACAUUAUUGAUACAUCUGUUAUUUUCAAUAUUACCGGUGACAGAUAUCGAAAGACAAAGUUACAAAUUUUAGCGAGAGAAUUUCUUGGUGAAAGAAUACAAGAAAGUAGUUCUGGUCAUUGUUCAACUCAAGAUUCACAGGCUUCUAUGAAAUUAGUACAAUUAAAAUUAGCAAAUAGUGUGGAUUAUGGAGAUGCUGUGUUACUUGGUCGUUGCAACAUGGAAAUAUUGAAAAUGAAACCAGAGAAUAGGACAGAUAAUCAGCGAUCAUUAAAAAUUGAAAUACGGAAGUAUGCUACAUCAAUUUUCAAACAUAUAACGAAGGAUCAAAAAACUGCUGCCAUUGUGGGUAACGAAGAAGUUAUGAACGAAUAUUCUAAAUAUUUAACUUCUUCUAUCAACGUUAUGGAUGAUGAAAAUUUCGAUAAAAAUGAUAAAGUACGUCUUGUAGUGACAGACAAUAAUAAACAAGCCGUCCUGCGAGCUACACAAAUAGCCAUGGAACAUGCCUUUACUUUAUGUCAUGUUAGGAUAGGACAAGAAAAAUUAAAAAGUGAUAAAAUAGAAAAGACAUUCCGUACUGUAAAUAAAUGGGUACAUAAAUUAUGGAAGUAUAUGGCAGUGAAUGGUUUAGCAUGUGUUAUAUUUUCGGGAGAAAAUAAUGCAGCAAAUGGUGCUUGUUUUUUGAAUAUAAAGAGAGAAAUACCUGAAGAUUAUAUAAUACACACUUAAAAAUAGAAAAAUUUAUCAUUUUUAUACUAAUUUAAAAGGAAAUUAUUGAAGAAGUACCUUUCUAGUAAUAUGAAUUGUAAAGAAAUGUAUGACAAACUAGAAAACAAAGUCUCACACUGACUAAUUUCCAUUCGAUAAUUAUUUUAUAGAAAUGUACAAAUAUUGUAUUAUUAAUAAACUUUUUUAUUCCUUGUAAA